UAAAACUUAACGUAAAAAUCUCAACUAACUUAACAAUUGAUGGUUUUAUACCACCACAAAAGAGGCAGAGAAGAAUCACAAGUUCAGAACACAACUUCGGAGAGAAUGGCAUCCUUUGAAGAUGAGGUGGAUAUUGACAUGGGACUUGCUGAUGAUAUUGCUUUUAGUUCAGAUGGUGAGGGGAAGGAAGAGCAAGGAAGUGAUAAUAACAAAAACAAUGAUUUAUUUAGUGUCCAAACUUCAACUGAUGAUAAAGAAAGAGAGAAAGAGAGUGAAAAAUUAUCAGAUGAGAAAAUGAAAAAACCACAGAUGACAAAGUAUGAAAGAGCAAAGAUUUUGGGAACAAGGGCUCUUCAGAUAAGCAUGGAUGCACCUGUAAUGGUACCUUUGAAUGGUGAAACGGAUCCACUUGAGAUUGCAAUAAAGGAGCUUCGCGAGGGGGUCUUACCCUUCACUAUCCGAAGGCAAUUUCCUGAUGGAUCGUACAAAGAGUGGAAUGUUUCUGAUAUGAUAGAUCCUUACGCUUGAGGUAUAAGAGGAAGAUAUCUUGAUGGAAAUUUUUUUAUUGAUGAAGUUAAUUAACUUAUGCUUAAUAUAUGU